AUGAAUAGCUUCCACUGCAGUGAAAGCAACCAGGACUCCGAAAUAUAUAUCCUGGCGGUGUGCUCAACGUGGCAAGUGUCAACCCACUGGAGUAUCCUGGGGAAGUACAUUGCGCGAAAUCUCAUUCUACCAGCAGUCGUGUUGGUGAUGCUGAGCGCAAAUAUGACGUGGAGGGCCGCAGCCUCCUUCUGUGAGAUCGGGAUGGUUCAGAAAGAGUUUACUGAGCGGGAUCGAGAGAACAUAGACCUCGCUCGGCGACGGGGCAAACGGUGCAUCCAUGCGGCUCGAAAUAGCACUCAAAGAGAUGGUGUCCCCCUACCAGGAACGAAUCUUAAUAAACAGAGAGGCCGAUCGGAAAAAAGAUCGAAGUCUUUC